AUGGCUUCAACCAUGGCACGCGCUAAGGGACCUGCCGUGGGGACCAAGAAGAAGUCGUCGACAGCUGUCAGUGCCCUUCCGAAGAUACACGGCGGCUAUGCCACUGUCGGAACAGUACCUUCCUCUUUUUCUCCACGUGCGAGCGACACCGGGCGGGCGUCCCUUACGUGGGUGUCUGCACCUUUGACUGUGAUGCCAGCUACCGGCGCGGAUGUUAUUAGCAGUGCGGCAUCUCCACUGCGGAAGGCCACAGGCUCGGUUGCCAGUAGUGGCGGGGCGGCGGGCGCGAAGAAGAGUUUCUCUACUGCUCCACGGCCUCCCUUGUCGAAGCCUGCACGUGGCGGCAGUCGCAGAGGAGGCAAGGGCAGCGCAGUGGAUGGUGGGUCGAAGCGUGGCGGCGAAUCACGUGGCACCUCUGUAACUUCGGGAAGAACACGGUCUACAUCCAGGGCACCUCGCUCCACUACCUCGCGUGGUCGCGGCCGUGGUCGCGGUCGAGGCGGACGUGGCAAGCGCGGCGGAAGCAGUGCGCGACAGCAGCACCAGCUACAGGUUAUUGCCGCUUCCAUAGAAGCUCUGAAGGAGCAAGAACAGGCGCUGCGACACGGCGUAGAGGUGGAGGAGGAGCUGGAGCUCGAAAGCUACAGCCCCAUCUACAACGUGCUACUGAUGGAGAUGGUGCGGGGCCAGGUGGAGCAGGUGAACUGUCGCCAGCGAAAGCUAAAUGAAAUGCUGGAGAGCCUCAAGGCAGAAGGGUUGCUUGGCGGCGGUGGCACUGGGCUGUGCGACGAGCAGCAUGUGGAGACCCUCGUGGAGCGGUUGCGCGCACGCCUGCAUAGUGACGCAGCCUCGGAGCUGGAAGUACUCAAAACGAAGAACAGUAACAUCCAGCAUAGCCUCGACGAAGUCACACUAGCCAUGGAGAAGAAAAAUAGCGAGAUGGAAGUGCUUCGUGCCAACUACGCACGCAAGCUGGCUCGGAACGAUGUAGAGAACGACACAAUGCGGGCGAAAGUGCAGGCCGCAUUACACGCCUCCACCCUUGAUGUGGAGCGCAUUAAGCGGGAGCUGGGCCGCCGUAUCGACAUCGCCUGCUCCUCCAUCCGCACACCACACUACAAUACCUCGAUGGAGGCGAUACGAGAGCUGGUGCAGCAGGCGCAGGAGGAGGUGCAGCGGCACCACGAUGAGCUGACAAAGCUGGUGGUCUCCAUUGGCGCCAAGGAGACCUUCAUCAAGAACGAGGCUGACACAAUGCACUCGAACCUACCUUCACAGUACCGAAGCGAACUGCGAAAGAUGGAGAAGGACCAGCUGCUGAACAUCCUGGACGUGCUGAGCUUUCAAGAGGGCGUUGUUGAUACUGUCGGCAAGGCAAUCUACAUCAUUACUGAGUCACAACACAAGACAGCUGUUGUGUAG